UGACUUCUACACCUUUGCCCAACCACACCAAUUACAAUCUCAAAAUCUCUUAUUUGUCUUCUUUCUCUUCUUCCAAAUCUUUCUCUCCUUAACCGGAGGGAAAGAAAACUUAAUCGGUUGUUUUUCACACAUAUAGACCAUGGGUGCCUGCGCUACCAAGCCUAAAGUCAAGACCGAUGAUUUGGCUGCAAUCCCUGCACCCGAACCUAUUGAUCAUGAUAUUGUGAAGAACAAUGAGGAAAUCAAGGUCGUGGAAGAGGAAAAGAAGGUUGAUCAAACUGAUGAAAAAAAGAAGGAAGACAAUGAGAAAGUUAUCGUCGAGAAGGAGAAGUCCCCGUCUCUCGCCUCCUUGCUCGUUGAGAAGGAAACCGCUCCUCCGGUGGUAGAAGUUUCCUGCAUACCGAAGGCCGACGAAAAGCCCAAGGUGGAAGAAGUGGUAGCGCCAACAAAUGAAGCAGAAGCGAAGGAAAGCGAAGAGAAACCAAAAGAAAAGAAUGAGAAAAGCGUAUGACGAUUUGAAAGAAGAAAAUAACGUACGGCGAAACGUUCUUUAUCUGAAAUAUAAUUUUCGCUUCUGACAAGUUAUUCAUUAUUCAAUAUGUUGUGCAAUGAUUGGUAAUCAUUUCUAAGGUGUGGAGGGGCCUAUGUUUCCUUUAUCAAUCAAUAUUAAUGAUUUAUUUUGUUUUCCCCCUUCUAAUUUAAUGAAAUAUUUAAAACUUCUUUUAGUGUUUCA